GUGAUAUCGUAAUCUAAAAUACAAAUAUUUCAAAAUAAUUUGAAGAUGAAUCACCUCCGAAUGAUGAUCAAAAAUACAUCCGUUGUUGUUUUAAUAUUCACAACUCUACUGCUGAAUACUCGCGACGGUAUGGAGGGAAAAUCGUCAUACAAAACUUACUUAAAUCGAAGUGGGUUAUUCAACAAAACCCUUUUCAAUUUCACUGAUACUAAAAACAAAACUGUAUUUGAAGGCUGGAUAGAGUAUUCAGAUAAAGUUCAACGAUCUAAAGCCACGCUUGUACCACUUUAUGGACAGAACAACCAAUCAGCCAUUUUCUUCUAUCUACUCAACUCAGGACCAAAUGGAUCGAGUUUUGCUGGCGUCCACAAGAUAAAUUAUAUUUCAGAUUUGCCAGCAUAUGACGGUGUUGUAAUUGAUUUACAUAGACAAGGUCUAGAUUCCAAUUUCAAACUGAUCUUCUAUGGAAACUGUGAGGAUGUACAAAAUUGCGUAUCAUAUGAGUCAAACUUCAAGACAUCUGGAGGACGACAACGCAUCGAACUACCACUUAACAGAUCUACACGGGGCUUUCAUGGAAGACACAAUUCUAUUCCACUCCCUUCAAACUUAAACCAAGUAUCUCAUUUCGGAAUACAAGCAUAUACAAGUAGAAAUGAGAAUAAAGAGCACUUUGGUGUAGGUUCCAUCGAAAUAUUCACUAUUUCAAUAUAUAAAAAAGCCCAAAAAUGAGUUUGAAUAAACCGAGCUUAUAUGGAAUUUCGACUACUUGAUAUGUAGCACUUAUUGA